AUAAAGAAAAAAAAAGUUUUUGGAGUUCACGUGGAGGUCAGAUUCCCAUGUGCUGAACUGCACACGUAUCUCUCUCUCCAUCUCUCUUCUCUGUCGGCGUUUCACAGCAUUCUGCUCGCUCCUGUACCUGGGCCAUGAGGGUAAACAAAGCAGAGAACACAAAGUAAAUGAGGGCUGAAGGAUGAAAAAAGGGCCUUUUGUGAGCAGGCGGCAAUUAUAGAACCAGAUGGCAUGCGGUUUUGAGUUACCAGAUCGACAUCAUACUUCAAAAAUGACUCCAUCUCCCAGAAAUCCUGGCUAUAAAUCUCUCCGAGCUGUUGGCUUGAAGAAGGAGUGGAAAAAAAGUGUUUUAAAACGUGAUAAGGAGUCAGACACCGUAAUGGUUAUGUUGUCGCGGUACAGCCACUGAAAAGUAUUAAAGUCUGUUCCCUCAGGUGUGAAAUCUUCUGCAGAUUAUUUAAAGUGCUGUAGAGAAAGAGAAAGCGCCUUCUCUGCAGCGUUUCUGAUCAACUCCUAAACAUCUGGCUACGUUGAGAUCGGACUUUAUUUACACUCGGAGGAACGAUGACAUGAGCGUAGCUCAGCUCGGAGGAAUCUGGCAGCAGGUCACCGCUUCGGAGCUUCGAACAAACUCGCAGUUUUGGAAAAGGAAUCUGAUAAAGACAACGAUCUCAGUCCUAUGUCUCCUCCGGUCCCCAGAUGGCGCCGCCAAGUCCAAACACAAACAGCAGCAGCGCGAGCAGUGCAGGAGGCGGGGAACAACUGAGCAAAACCAAUCUGUACAUCCGCGGCCUUCACCCCGGGACCACCGACCAGGACCUGGUCAAACUCUGUCAGCCCAACAGGAGCAGGACCCCACGAACCUGUACAUCUCCAACCUGCCCGUGUCGAUGGAUGAGCAGGAGCUGGAGUCCAUGCUGAAGUCUUUCGGGCAGGUCAUUUCCACACGGAUCCUCAGAGAUGCCAAUGGGACCAGCAGAGGCGUCGGAUUCGCCAGGAUGGAAUCCACAGAGAAAUGUGAAGCCAUUAUUCAACAUUUUAAUGGAAAAUAUAUUAAAACUCCACCAGGAGUGCCAGUGCCGACAGAGCCGUUGUUAUGUAAAUUUGCUGAUGGAGGACAGAAGAAGAGACAGAAUCAGGGGAAAUACCUGCAGAACGGCCGGCCCUGGAUCCGAGACACCGACACGGGAGGAAUGACGCUAACAUACGACCCAACAGCCUUACAGAACGGGUUUUAUUCGUCUCCGUACAGCAUCGCUCCAAACAGAAUGAUCGCUCCGACAUCUCUGUCUCCCUACAUGCCUUCUCAAGUACCGUCAUACCAGGUUCACAGUCCAUCAUGGAUGCACCACCAGUCAUACCUCAUGCAGCCCACAGGGACGGUUUUAACCCCAGCUAUGGACCACACGAUGGCCAUCCAGCCCACAUCUCUGAUGAGUCCUUUAACCCAGCAGCUCAGUCACCUGUCACUGGGAAGCGCUGGAACGUACAUGCCUGCAAAUACAACUAUGCAGGGGACCUACAUCCCCCAGUACACCCCCGUGCCUCCGUCCAGCGUCUCUGUAGAGGUGAGACAGGAGAACAGCGGAACCCAGCAACCCGUCCCAAUAGAACCUGCUGCAGAUCACACCAACUACACGUACCAGCACAGCAAGUGAAGCUCAGGCCGUGUGAUGUGAUGUGAUGCGGCGGCGUGUUGCCGUGGGUAACGGCGGUCUCUCUGUGAGGUGCAGAACCAGAGACACGAACAGACGCGGAUAAAACACGGAUAAAACACGGAUAAAAACCUGGAAGAACACGUCUUUUUUUUGUAGAGUAGAAAUGAAACCUGGACUUCACUCAUCUGUCCGUCUUCAAGUCAAUCAGCCAAAGGAGGGAGAUUUCAGAGGAGGAGCUUUCUUCUAUUAAUAACAAAGGAAAAACACCAAUAAUAAUAAUAAUAAUAAUAAUGAUAAUAAUAAUAAUAAUAAUAAUAAUAAUAAUAAUAAUAAUAAUUCCUAAAGGGUGAAGAAAGACGUGUGUGAGCUUCGUGUGUUCCUGAGAGCAAAUUCUUAUUUUUUUAAGAAAUCCUUUUUGAGAAGCUGAGACGGAGAAAACGGAACACCGCGUGUCCUUAUUAUUGUUGUUUUUUCUUUUUUGUAAAAUAUGCAAGUUUUUAUUUUUUAUUUUUAUUAUUUUGUUUUUCACUCAGCAGCAGUUUGAGAUAUUUUUGUACUGAAACAUGAACAACGCGUUAUAUUUUAUUCGUCAUAGUUUUAAACUUUUUAAAUUUAUAUUUUUGCUACGAGUGAACCGUUUAAAGUCACUUCUUCUGCUUUGUCAAAGUAAAAAAGAAAUAAUAACCAUGAUAUAAUUUUAAUGUCUUUAUUUUAUUUAUUUAUUUUUUAAAUAUGCAACAGACAAUCAUUAUUGUGUUAUUUAUUCGUGACACGACGAUGUCGCAUUUCCAGAAAUAGAUUUUAAAAAGUUUUUAGUUUUUUUAUUUGGCUUUUUACUUCUGCGAUCAUGACUUCAGAUAUUUAAAUAAAAAAAGAAAAAUUGCAGGUUUUGCUGACUGAAGAAGUGACUUUAAGUGGUUUUAUUUAAAAAAAAGCCCAAAUUCCUGAGAAAUUGUUGAAUGUUUUGUUUAAUUUUUUUUUAUGUCCUUCACAUCACCAUCAUAGUAUUAAAACACGAUGCACCACAUCGAUGUGAAACACCGUGACGUUAAAGUGCAUAGGAUUAAAAAGCUCCGGUGACGGGGAGAUUCUCUGUGUGCAUGAGAGAAAUCUUUUAGAAUUUAGUUUAAACUCUAAAUUUUUUGGUGCUGGGUUUAAUUCUUGAAUUAAUUAAAUCACAGGAAAAGGAAAUGAACACGUGCUUGAAAGGAUGAGAUUUUUUUUGCUGCUUUUUAUUUUUUGCUUUUUGUCUUUUUUGUGUUGAAUUUUCUGUUGUGUGAAUUUUGUUUCUCUGUAAAAGUCCAAUUAAAAAAGUUGUAAAGAAGAAUGAUGUCACUUUAGGAAAUGAACUUUGAGGGCAGCGUUUUCUUUAAGAUUCAUAAAAUUCGCUUGAGAUUUUUUUCUUUUUUUUCUACCAAAAAUUUCUUUCUAUUUUCUGCACACUUUUUAAAAAUAAAUUAUUUCCCUGAAAAAUUUAAACUCAACGAUGAUCAUCAUGACGUCUGCACACUAAACAAGGGCUGAUUUUAUAUUUAAAAAAACAAAACAAAACAAGGACCACAGUACAAUAUGCAGAACUUAUUUUAAUUUUUUUUAUGUAAAAAUCAAUGAGCUUCUUUAAAAAUAUCAUAAAUGAAUGAAUGAAUGAAUAAAUAAAUAAAUGCUAAUUUAAAGUUUUGUAAUUUUAUAAAAUUUAAAUGUCAACAUUGGUAUGAAAUUAACAGCAAAACGUUUUUUGUUUUUAAUUUAUUUGUGAUUGGUUGCGAGUGAGGAUCGGGGUAAACGCGUGUCGUGUUAAAGUGCCGCUGCGUGACACUGAUCCUGAACAUUUUAGCUUUUUUUAAAAUAAUGAGCAAAUUUUUUUGAUCAUACUGUACACAUUUUAUUUAUAUCAGCCACCAAAGAUAACAAAGCCAUCUGCUAAUGAGUCGAUUCAGGCGACAAUUAUUUGUUUUAAUAUAACGAUUAAAUAAGUAAAUAAGGCCACGCCCCAAAUGCUUCUGAUCAAAUGACUUUUCGGGGAUUUUUCUGACGAGUGACGGAGGUUUGUGGACUGAGAUUGUGCUCACUGACAGAGGGCGCUAUUGCAGCUAAUUAAUAGCCAGUUAAUAAGCUAAUGAGGAGUUAGCGUAUGAGAUUAGCGCUCUGUGCAGUUAGCACGCUCAGCUGCUCACUAAUUUACACGUCGUUUUAUUACACACCCGUCUGAACGUCACAUUUGUAGCUGCUGCUAUUUCUCUCUGUUCGAACGCACCUGCAGUGCAUUAUGGGUAAUAAACACAGAUGAUUCUGCAGCCUUUGGGAAUAAAAUCAAAGGGUUUUUGGUAAAAUAUCAUUCAGGAUUUCGAUACUGAGAGUAAAUUAAAUUUAAAUUUGUUGUCAGAAAUUAAUUUUAUUCAUUAUUUCAUUAAAACUAAACAUUAUUUCAGAUGUUUUAACCUUUAACCAUAAAAUCAAGAUUUUAAAAAAACAACUGAGAUCUGAUCACAUUUUUAAUUUAAACUAGAACUAAAUUCCACUUUUUCUUUUUAACUUUUUUCCAUCUUUUAUUUUGUUGUUGUUGUUGUUGUUGUUUAUCAGUAAAAAAACAUUUCACAGGUUAAAAACAUGCAGUUCACCUCAUGAAGGAAGCUAAUAUGGGUUUUAAUCAUUAAAUAAAUAAAUAAAGAGCUUAUCAAUCUUCACUACAAAUCCAAAAACCAGUUUUGAAACUAUGAAAUGACGUUACAUCACAGUGUUGUCAGGUUUUUUAUUUUAAUAUUUGAUGUUAUUUAUAAUUUUCACUCAGAAAUGUUGAAUUUUUCUUUAAAUUUCAGAUGACUGAUAUCCAGAAUAAUUGUUUUUAAAUAAUUCUCUGUUUGCAAGUCGCAUUUGCACAAAAUCCAACCAUUUAUUUAAAAUGCAGGGUUUUUUUCAUCUAUUUACAAAAAUAAUCCUUAUCGACUCGGACAUUUUUGAUCUUUAAUGAUUCCCAAAAGUUGAGCCUCGUUUCCAUCAUCCACUCGUUCGAAAAAAUACUGAAAUUAGUCCUCAUUAUUUAUACAAAACUAACAGAAUAUUCAAAUCAAAAAUAAAUAAAUUAAUAAUAAUAAUAAUUCUCAGGCGUUGUGCCCAUAACGUCAUCGAGGCUUUUUGUUUUCUUUCUACUUGGUUUUACUUUUUUCUUUUUUUUAACUUCCUGUUUCCUGACCACGCCCACAUUUAUUACAAUAUAAAAAAAUCAGGAAGUUAAUAUAUAUAUAUAUAUAUUCCUUUCUUGCCUUGUAAAGUUUAUUUCAUAGUUUCAAAACCCUCAGCUGCUAUAAGAGGAGAGUCAAGCAGUUCAGGAGAUUAAACACUGACCGCGACAAACCUGCGGAACGUGCCUCAAAAAAAUCAAAAACUGUUCAGAAAUUAAAGCCUUGAAAUGAUAAAACCGUGUGUUUACAGGGCCAGACUGUUGGCUAUAGCGCCAUGCUAACCGCUAAUCCUGCUUUAAAACACAGCAAGCCUUCAGUUUAUAAAGAGUUAAUUUUUAAGGAAAAUAAAAAAUUUUUAAACAUAGGAAUCUUUGCGUAUUAAAACUAGCUACAGUUAGCAUAAAGAUUACAUUAGCAUUAGUGUUACGAUGUUUUAUUUUUGAGUAAAAAUAUGCAAUUUCUGUGAAAUCUCUGAGUUUUUGUCGCGUAAAUCCGUAAAUCUCUUCAGCUGAGUUCUAUUGGGUUGAGGAGAUUUCACAAACUUUAAUCUGUCCACAAAAUCCUCCAGGUUUGACUCGUCAUUGUGUUUAUCGAGCGAAUGUUUGGCUCAUCUCCUGAACUGCUUUUUUUUUGUCGUUAAUAAGAACAGAUUCCUUAUUUAUAAUUUUACACGUUUUGUACAGCAGUCUGAAGAGUUCUGAUGUUUCACUUCGCUCUGAUGUUCGUGUGUCUUCCUGUGCCACAGCUCAUUCUGUUUCAGUCUUGUUUUUGGUUGUUGUUGUUGUUUGUUUGUUUGUUGAUGACAAAACUUAUUUCUUUUUUUCAGUUUUACUAUUUUUUGGAAUUUUGUCUGUUGACUUUUCUCUUUUUUAAAUAAAGAUGGUUUUAAUUGUAA